CAUCUAGUUAAUUUCACACUCUUGUCACUGAGCCGCUGUGUGACGGGGCUAGGAGCGGGGAAUCUCAGCCUGGGAUCACUCACCCAUCACACAGACAGCUGGGGACGCCUCACCUCACCAUCCCAUUCCGGAUUAUUUAUACAGCCCAGAGCGGACCUUGCUUUAAAAGUGCAGCUGGAUGAGCUGAGAGGUGAUAACAGGAGCUCGGGAGAUUUUUUUUCUUUUUCUUUUUAAACUCCCGGUUCCUCUUAUACUUCGAAGGAUCUUGUUUUUUGGUGGGCGUGAAAUUUACAGCUUUUCAGCCAGGGAGGUGUCCAUUUUUGCUCCCAUCUCCUCUCCCUCUUAAUAAAGCAGGACUUGGCCAGGCGACACAGAUGAGUUCCACCCAUAAGGAUCCGGAGUUUGACUCACAGCAGGGGGACCAUGACCCCAAUCAAAACGUCAGCCCUCAAGAGGAAUUCGACUUCUCGAUAUUAUUCGAUUAUGAUUAUGAUUACUUGAAGUGUACAGAAGAAGAAUCGACUCCUUCACAUAAAACCAACAGCCCACCCACUGGAGUUACAUACCCUCAUGAUGAUGUCUUGGACUAUGGCCUCAAGCCAUACAGCCCCCUGGCUUUUCCUAGUCUUUCUGCAGAUCACAUGGGCAGAUAUGGACAGCCAGAUAGCAUAGGGUCAAAAUGCAACUUGGACCCUGUAAAGUCUGGGGCCUCUGCUUUGAGCCCUAGGAUUGAAAUCACUCCAUCCCAUGAACUGACUAAUCCAAGGGUUCCCUUGCACAGCAGAGACACAGAUCUUUUGGUAGAACAUCAGUCCAACUCAGCCACCGCUAGCCCAAGGUUUACACUGCCUGUCCCUGGCCAUGAGGGCUACAGAGAACCGCUGUGUUUGAGCCCAGCUAGUAGCGGCUCAUCUGCAAGUUUCAUUUCAGAGACAAAUUUCUCUCCUUACACAUCACCAUGUGUUUCACCAAAUAAUGGCCCUAGUGAUGACCUUUGUCCACAGUUUCAAAACAUCCAUACUCAUUAUUCCCCUAGAACCUCGCCAAUAAUGUCACCACGAACAAGCAUCACGGAGGAUACCUGCUUGGGACCACAUUCACCAUCACCCCGUCCCAACUCAAGGUCUUCAUCGCCAGGUGCAAAACGGAGGUACUCUUGCACUGAGCUCUACAACACUCAGCCGCCUUCCACUUCUCCACGACAGUCAAGGACCCCUUCUCCACAAGCCUCUCCUCACAUCCCUUUGAGAGAAGACAGCUCUUUGCUCACUUACACCCAGUUGCCCAGCUCUUCUAGUCUCAUGGAUGCUAUGAACAACCUUAGCACGGAUCCUCCCUGUGGUGUUCCCAUGAAAAUUUGGAAAACCAGCCCUGAUCCCCCAUCAGUGCCUUCCCACAAAAACAGCAUUCCAGCAUUCUUUCAGACCGUUGAUUACCUUGGGCCUUGUGAUCAGGAAGACAGGAGAAACUCAGCACCUGAAUCCAUUUUGUUAGUACCUCCGUCUUGGCCAAAGCAGCUGGUGCCUGCAAUACCCAUCUGCAGCAUACCUGUUGCAUCCCUCCCACCUCUUGAGUGGCCACUCUCCAAUCAGUCUGGCUCUUAUGAAUUGCGCAUUGAAGUGCAGCCAAAACCUCACCAUCGGGCACACUAUGAAACAGAGGGGAGUCGAGGGGCAGUCAAAGCACCAACGGGGAGCCAUCCUGUGGUCCAGCUUCAUGGUUACAUGGAGAACAAACCCCUGGGCCUUCAGAUCUUCAUUGGGACAGCAGAUGAACGGAUACUUAAACCUCAUGCUUUCUAUCAAGUCCAUCGCAUUACGGGCAAAACUGUUACCACCACCAGCUAUGAGAAAAUCAUAGGCAACACCAAAGUUCUAGAGAUCCCCCUGGAGCCCAAAAACAACAUGAGAGCAACCAUUGACUGUGCAGGGAUUUUGAAGCUGAGGAACGCGGACAUCGAACUGCGGAAGGGGGAGACGGACAUUGGUAGGAAGAACACCAGGGUGCGGCUUGUCUUCCGUGUGCACAUCCCUGAAUCCAGUGGCAGAAUAGUCUCUUUGCAAGCGGCAUCUAAUCCCAUCGAAUGCUCCCAAAGAUCUGCUCAUGAGCUUCCAAUGGUUGAAAGACAAGAUAUUGAGAGCUGCCUAGUUUACGGCGGACAGCAGAUGAUCCUGUCUGGUCAGAAUUUCACAGCAGAGUCUAAAGUUGUAUUCACUGAGAAGACGUCAGAUGGUCAGCAGAUCUGGGAGAUGGAGGCAACAGUGGAUAAAGAUAAGAGCCAACCUAGCAUGCUUUUUGUAGAGAUACCAGAGUAUCGGAACAAGUACAUCCGUACACCUGUGAAGGUGAAUUUCUAUGUCAUCAAUGGGAAAAGAAAAAGAAGUCAGCCACAGCAUUUUACCUAUCACCCAGUACCAUCAAUCAAAACAGAGCCCAUUGAUGACUAUGAUCCAGCUUUAAUCUGCAAUACAGUACACAGUGGUCUGGGAACAGUAACACAGCCUUACUAUUCACAGCACACAAUGGUCACCGAAUCCCCUUCCUGUCUUGUGGCCACUAUGGCUUCCUGCCAGCAGUUGCGUUCAAGCCUGUCUUCUACUGAUUCUCGAUAUCAUCAGCAGAACCCAGCAGCUGUAAUAUACCAAAGAAGCAAAAGUCUCAGUCCUAGCCAACUAGGCUACCAGCAGUCCAGUUUGAUGGCCACACAGGUUUCCAUUUCAGAUGCACACAGGUCAGUGCUGGUGCAUGCUGGUUCCCCAGGCCAAACCUCAGCUGUGCUCCACCACUCUCCAGCCAGUCCACAACCUUCUCCCGUGAUUCACUAUUCUCCAACCAAUCAGCAGCUGAGGUGUGGAAGUCAUCAAGAAUUCCAGCAUAUCAUGUGCUGCGAAAAUUUUACCUCUAAUGUAGCAAGACCCAGCCAGCCUCAGGUCAGUCAAGCACAAAGGAUAAGUCCAAGUUCAUAUCCUACUGUGAUUCAGCAGCAGACAGCCACCAGCCAGAGAGCAGCAAAAAAUGGACCGCCCGUUAGUGAUCAGAAAGAAGUGUUACCAGCCGGAGUCACUAUUAAACAGGAACAGAACCUGGACCAAGCCUAUCUGGAUGAUGAGCUGAUAGAUACACACCUUAGCUGGAUACAAAACAUUAUAUGAAACAGAAUGACUGUGAUCUUUGAUCCAAGCAAUC